AUGGUGACAAUAAUGAUUAUGAUUAUGGUGACAAGAAUGAUUAUGAUUAUGGUGACAAGAAUGAUUAUGAUUAUGGUGAAUGGUGACAAUAAAGAUUAUGGUUAUGAAAAUGACACGAGAAUCAUUUCAUCCCGCAAUGAAACACAGGGGAGUUCUUCAGAGUUCACUUCUGAUGAAGCAUGGUCCAAGUCGCAAAUGAAAAUUAUGGAUGGUGCCAUUAAAGUUGUGCGCAAUAAAACAGGAAAGAGCAAAAACGGAACUAGUGGAGGAAGCGGAACUGGAAAGAACAAUAUCGGAACUGGUGGAGGUAGCAAAACAGGAAAGGACAAGAUCGGAAGUGGUGGAGGCAACAAAACAGGAAACAAUAAAAUCGGAAGUGGUGGAGGCAACAAAACAGGAAACAAUAAAAUCGGAAGUGGUGGAGGCAACAAAACAGGAAACAAUAAAAUCGGAAGUGGUGGAGGCAACAAAACAGGAAACAAUAAAAUCGGAAGUGGUGGAGGCAGCAAAAUAGGAAAAAACAAAAUCGGAAGUGUUGGGGGCAAAUCUUACAAUCGUUAUCAAUAUCGCAAUAACAGCACGACAUCCUAUGGCUCGGCCCCCGUACCUACUUACGUUACGAUUAUGAUAAUAACAGUGGUAGGAGCUUUAUUCGUUGGCAUUAUUGGUUACGAAUAUUGGCACUAA